CUUUGCGCCCGGCCCGGCCCGGCCCCGAACUAUAAAGCCCGCGGGCCGCCCGCCAGAGCUCCACCACCGUUCUAGAAGCCCGUCGGCCUCUCCGAUCGUCGCUCCGCACCUCCAGUCUCACCGCCGCUCGAAAUGGACCCCAACUGCUCCUGCGCCACUGGUGGCUCCUGCACGUGCUCUGGCUCCUGCAACUGUAAAGAGUGCAAGUGCACCUCCUGCAAGAAGAGCUGCUGUGCAUGCUGUCCUGCGGGCUGUGCCAAGUGUGCCCAGGGCUGUGUCUGCAAGGAGGCUUCCAACAAGUGCACCUGCUGCGCCUGAUGUUGGGACAGCCCAGCUCCCACGUGUAAAUAAUAUGAACCUGGAUUUGUUUUUCAAUGACCCUCGCCUUGUCCCCUUUUCUACAAAUGAUGUGCUUCAUAAUAAAAGUCAAUGACUUGA